AUGAGCGACUCUUACGAUCUCAUCGUGAUUGGUGCCGGGUGGUAUGGUCUUGCGGCUGCAAAGACGUACAUCGAGUUGCACCCAGAAGAGAAAAUCCUAGUCAUUGAAGCAGAGAACAGCUGUGGAGGAACAUGGUCCAAAGACAGACUGUACCCUGGAUUGAAGUCAAACAAUCUCUGGGGCUCUUAUGAGUAUGCCGACUUGCCCAUGUCGGAGGACAUCUACGGCGUGAAACCCGGCGAGCAUAUCCCCGGAGCAAUCCUCCACCGCUAUCUCACAGACUUUGCCAAGAAAUUCGGCGUCUUUGAGCGGACGAAAUUCAACACCAAAGUCGAUGGCGUCAAGGCUACCGAUGACGGCGGCUGGGAGAUUGAAGUCUCCGCAAAGGCUGGCGGCGCUCAGGAGACCUUUCAGACCAAGAAGUUGAUCGUGGCCACUGGCUUGACAUCGCAACCCAACAUGCCCAGUUAUCCUGGCCAAGAAACAUUCACCUCCCGGCUAUUCCACGCCAAAGACUUCUGCACUCAGUCCGACACAGUCAACACGUGCAAGAAAACGGUCGUGGUCGGAGGAGGAAAAUCCGCCUUCGAUUGUGCCUACGCAUUCGCGUCGACCGGUGAUACCCAAGUCGACUUGAUCAUACGACCAACAGGACAGGGUCCAGUAUGGCUCUGCCCGCCAUACGUCACUCCGUGGAAGAAGAUGAUGGAAGAGCUCCUGAACGUACGAAUGCUGACGUGGUUCAGCCCUUGCCCGUGGGGAGGGGAAGAUGGCUUUGGUACGCCGCGGGGUCUACUUCACGGCACUGCUGUGGGACGAUUCCUAGUGGAGAACUUCUGGAAUGUGCUCAGUUCUUCCGUUAUUCAAGACCACGGUUACGAUGAGCACCCGGAGUUGUUCAAGCUCAAGCCCUGGCAGAACGCGUUCUGGACCGGCAGUGGCAUCGGAAUCCACAACUACCCUACCAACUUCUUUGACCUGGUCAAGGAGGGAAAGAUCCGUGUUCACAUUGCCGAUAUUGCCAAAUUAGAUGGUACCACGGUCCAUCUCACCAACGGAGAGGCCAUCGACACCGACGCUGUCAUUUGCGCGACAGGUUGGAAGAAAGAGUCGAGCAUCAAAUUCGCCAACUUCAGCAGCGCUCUCGAAAAGUCCCCCGAGGAGCGUGAGAGUCUCAUCGCACAGGCCGACAAGGAGGUUCGCGACACCUUCCCAGGCCUCAAGGCCCAACCUAUUCUUAGAUACGAGCCCAAGAAGGAAGAGCCGCUGCGCAACUACCGGUUCAUCAUCCCUUCCGAAGCAGUAUUCAAGCGCAAUAUUGCAUUUGCCGGCAUGGUCUCGACCACCUCCACUUCCAUGUUCGCCACGACCCAGGCCUUGUGGAUCUGUGCCUUCUUUGACGGAAAGCUGAAGCGAGCGCCAAAGUCUGCCGACGAAGUUACGAAAGAAAUAAUGCUUCACUCUCAAUUCGGGAAGUGGAGGUAUCCCUGCGGAUACGGAGCCAACCUUCCAGACUUUGCCUUCGAUUCCCUUCCAUACGUGGAUCUGUUGCUAAAUGAUAUGGGUCUACGGAGCCACCGAAAGGAAACGGCCAUGUUGGAAUUGACAGAGACGUACAAGCCGCGGGAUUACAAGGGCUUGACACAGGAAUGGGCAGAGUUGCAGUCGAAAGAUAAGUAUUUAAACUAA